CGUGCUUGGCUCUGAUUUUUAUCAGUGUCAUUGCCACUGUAUAAAGUCUAUAAAGUCACGUUAUCGUACCCCUUUCCACUUUGCCUAAACAAUUUAGCAAAGCAUCCACCCCGUGUCAUGACCGAAGCCCUGGAAAAGUAUCUGACGCUCUCGGAUGGGAGGAGAUUAGCCUACGCAGACAAUGGGGAUCCAGCCAGUUCCCUUGUCAUCGUCUUUUAUCACGGAGUAUUUGGUGUUGGAAGAGCACCUCGCAUGUCUCCAGCCUUGCGAGAAUUGGGCGUUCAUUUUGUUGCGCCCACUCUUCCCGGAUGGGGAAAAUCUGAUCCCCGCCCCAAGGACUUAUCAUAUCCUGCCAGUUUAACGUCCGACUUUACAACGUUAAUUAAUCACCUUCAUCCCAAUGAUGACAAUCUCAGGAUAUAUAUCAGUGGGGGCUCGUUUGGGACUGUUCCUGCCCAAAUUCUUUAUGGGGCAUCCUUCGACGCGUUUCCGCUUGGGCGCAAAAUAGUCGGAUGUCUACUCCUGGCGCCGUUCUCUCCUUUCAAGUGGGACAAAGGAUAUACGAAGGGAAUGACGUGGCAGAACUAUAUCUCAGUCGGGCCUCCCUCCCAGUUAUUCCCUUUCAGAGCCAUUCCCCGAAUGCUAGUGGCAGCGAUAUCGGCACAGAUGGGUACAGUCGAGAGAGCCGAAGUUCUCAUCAGGAAAAUCCUCUUCGACAAAACAGACGAAAGGGAGCGCAAGGCUUUUGCGAAGUGGAGGGAACAGAAUGGCAUUGCUGAGGGUCAGCUCGAGAGAGAGUUUGCGGAGAAUGCCAAGUGCAGUAUUGCAAUGUGGCGGGAAGGUUUCUUGGAGACAUCUGAUGAUCUUCAUUGUGAUUGGGGUUUCUGCCCUAAUCAACUGGAUGAGGAACAUUCGAAGCGGCCUUUGUUGGUUGUCGCAUCGACAAGUGAUGAGCUAGGUCCCGACAUGGCAAAGUGGCUUGUCGGUAAUUACGCCAACGCGAAGCUCGAAUGGGUGCAAGGUGGACAUAUAGCUGCGUUGUAUGAAUUAGAUGGCAUCUGGAAGCGUUUUAUCGAGGAGGCGGAGGGCACCAUUAUUGUCCAUUCUGACCAACAGUGAUUAUAAUUAUCUUAUGUUCUGCUCAAAAGUGUGACCUGAGCUUGGAUUGUCUUGGGGACGCCCGGAUCGUACGUCAAAGGUUUUCUUCGAUCACUGCCAGGGACCUACUUCAUUGCUUUACUGACAUGGGCAACAGAAAUGGACCCCGCAUGUGCCAAGGCAUGGGGAAGGUUGGCAGGCGCCUAUAGUAUUGUCGGACAGCAGCAAGCCAGUGUGAUCAGCGGGCCCUAGAUACCUUACCCCAGCGGAGUCCAAA